AUGGAAAAUAAAGCUGAUGAAACAGAAAUGAAAAUUCAAGAAUCAGAAAAGGAUUUACUUGAAGGUUCCGAUAUAGAUCAUUUACCGAUCGAUAAAGGAAGCAUAAAUGUUAUGACCACCGGUACUAAAAUGGAUGUUGAAAAUCAAUUACAAGAAAUGAAUGUUCAAUUGGUAGAUUUAUCAUUUGAUGAUUCACAAAAUGGGGCAAGAAGAACAAAGUCAUUUGAAAGAAAACCAAUUGAUGUAACUUUAUCUCAUGAUGAUGGUAAAAGAAUGUUGGGCGAAUACAGUGAUGAUUGGAAUAGAUUCGCAAGCGUCUUUAGAAAAUAUAACAAGGAACCAGUUGGUCAAGAUCAAAGUCUUAUUUGA